AUGGGAGUGCUGUGCUUGUGCCGCGGUUCGGUGAUCCCAAAGGCUAUGUUUUGGUCUGCUCCCGCUGCCAUCGUCUCCGUUUUGUUACAUAUAUUUUGGGAAACACCAAAGGGUGAUUCAAGCCUGGAGGUACAAGGCAUUGAAUCGAUUUGGGGAGGAUUCACAUUCGUGCUCGGCUUCCUCAUUGUGUUCCGAAGUAAUCAAGCCUACAAUCGCUUCUGGGAAAGCGUUACUCUGCUCUAUCAGACCACUGGCGAGUGGACCAGUGCCUACAGCAAUCUCUUGGCCUUCUGCAGUGAAGAAGACAACAAGCAGCAGGAGGUAUGGGACUUAGUUGGUAAAGAGUUGUUUGAGACGCUUUUGGAUAGUGAGCCGUUCCGGGAUAGUCUUUGUUUCGUGCAUUGCUGCAUUGCUGCAUGGUGCGGUCGGUGCGGUUCAGAAAAGUGCUCAGUUUGCCAGGGGGAGGUACGUGACUUCCAGGCACUCCUCUCCAAGCUUAUGAGCCUCCUUUACUGCAGUGCCUUGCAGGAUAUGUGCGAAUUAGAAGAUGACACCCUAGAGGUGCUUGAUUUAGGUGGCUUCAGCAGGAGAAGCCUGCAGCACCUCCGAGAUAGUCCAGACCGUGCAGAGUCCGUGUUAUUAUGGAUUGAGAGGUUGAUUGUUCAUGCAGACAAGCGCAAGAUCAUCGACGCCCCAGCACCUAUCAUCUCCAGAGCUUUUCAGGAACUUUCCCGGGGCAUGGUGACCGUGAACAACAUGCGCAAGAUUCACAUUCCUUUUCCGUUCCCAUACUCGCAACACUUGGCCUGCGUCCUCAUCAUCUACACAGUUCUCACCCCUAUUGUGGCCAGCCAAUCAAUUCUCCAACCCUGGUGGGCUGGCAUCAUGGUUUUUGUGGUAUGCGUGUCAUACUGGACACUUUUCUAUAUCGCGCAGGAGAUAGACCAACCAUUUGGUGACGAUCCAAAUGAUCUGCCCAUCAAGGAAAUGCAGCAUGAUUUCAAUUCUAAAUUAAGUUUCUUUUCACAACCUUUGUCGUACAAUGUGCCCGAGUUCCGGCCGGAUGCUAGCCAGCACAUCCACAUGUUGGGUUCCAAUUUUUCGCUCACUUUGGAUUUCAAGAACUCGGCGUCGAGGGAUUCGCAGACGUUCGUGCUUCCACCUGUUUCUGCGCCGGAUGAGACCGGAAUACAACAGAUGCCGGCCUUACCCACUGCGAACCCGCUCUCCGUAGAGGAGGUUGGAAGCCUUAGAGACAGCUCACAAGUUGUGUGGGAGCCACUCGAGGACCCUCUCAACUCGGCCGUGCUGCAAGAGUUGUUGCCCAAAGUGCUUCCAGAAGAUUUCGCAAUAGCUGACAUACGUAGGAUUCUUGAAGCAGCUGGCAUAGAUGCUGAUAGAGCGUCUGCGUCUAGGAAACCUAGAGCCAACACCGCCGCAAGUGCCAGCUUGUCAAUGGAAAGCAGAAAUUUGUACACUGCCUCGCUCACUGCCCUUUCUCUUAGAGUUGAAGACUUGCUCUCCCAGCGUGAGAGUGCGCUCACUGAACCCGCGCUGCGGCAGAAGAUGUACAAAUUGAAGGAAGCUCUAGCCGAGGUCUUAAUGGACCAGUGCAGGGUAUGA